UCCUGAUGUUUGUUACCGCCAAACUUUAAACGACAAGGAAGGAACCGUCUCCAGUCGCAGCUGCUGCACCGCUUUUAUUGACUAAUUAACUAAGAAAUAAUAUAUAUCUGAGGAUGUCUUUUAACUCAAAGAGACCCUGCCCCGACCCUAUGAACGACUCCAUGGAGAAGAGAAUAAAGCGCAUUUCAAUCGAGGGAAACAUCGCGGCGGGUAAAUCUACCUUUGUGCGCCUUUUGGAGAAGAAUAGCGCAGACUGGGAGGUGGUGCCAGAGCCAAUCGCCAGGUGGUGCAAUGUCCAAACAGCAGGGAGCGAUUUUGAGGAGCUGACCACAUCCCAAAGGAGUGGGGGCAAUGUGCUGCAGAUGAUGUAUGAAAAGCCAGAGCGGUGGGCCUACACUUUCCAGAGCUACGCCUGCAUCAGUCGGGUUCGUGCCCAGAUCAAAUCGGCUAACGGGAAGCUCCAAGAAGCUGAAAAUCCAGUGCAGUUCUUUGAGAGAUCCAUCUACAGUGACAGAUACAUCUUUGCAGCCAACCUAUAUGAGAGUGAAUGCAUGAAUGAGACUGAAUGGUCCAUCUAUCAGGACUGGCAUGGCUGGCUGCAUAACGAGUUUGGCAAGCACAUCCAGCUGGAUGGCAUCAUCUAUCUCAGAGCUUCCCCAGAGAGAUGUUUAGAGAGAUUACACCUGAGAGGCAGACAGGAAGAGCAAGACAUCCCUCUGGAGUACCUCGAGAAGCUCCACUUUAAACACGAGAGCUGGCUGCAGCACAAGACCAUGAACAUGGAGUUUGAGUAUCUGAGUGAAGUUCCCAUCCUGACGAUAGAUGUGAAUGACGAUUUUAAAGGAAACAAAAUCAAGAGUGCUGACAUGACUGAGAAGGUGAAGGAAUUCCUGAACACAUUGUAAGGUGAUAGAAAAACGCAGACUCUGCCCUACAGGAACAAAGAUUUAUGGCAUAUUUGAAGACAAGAAAAUGCCUCAUCAGUGACAACUAGAUAGUUUUUUAAAAUGUGUUGCUUAUUUUCUUAUGUGUAUUUAUCAGUGCUGUCAUGUGCAAAUGAGAAUGUACGUACUGUCCAUUAGUAUUAAAGACAAUAAACUUGAAAUACAAUC